GUAUCCAGCCUGCAUGGACAGGGCAACAUUCGCCUGUUCCACUGCCUUUUUCCGUGACUACAACAGUUCAUCUCAGGGUGCAUUCUGCCUCCCCAGAGGACACGUUGACUUUAUUGAAAAAGUAGAAUCAUUCACUUACUCGGACUUCUUCCGGGAUUAUUUGAUUCCCAACCACCCCUGUGUUUUCUCAGCUAAGUUCACUGAAGACUGGGGCAGCAGGAGAAAUUGGGUUACUUGGGAUGGAAAGCCUAACUUUGAUCAUCUGCUGCAGAAGUUUGGAGAGGCUGUAGUACCUGUUGCCAACUGUGAUGUCAAGGAGUACAAUUCUAACCCGAAGGAGCAGCUCCCCUUCAAGGAGUAUAUAAAAUACUGGAAAGAGUACAUUAAAAACGACUACCGUUCAUCCCGAGGGUGCCUUUAUCUAAAGGACUGGCACCUGAGCAGAGCUUUCCCAUCACAAGAUGUUUAUACGACCCCUGUGUAUUUCUCAUCUGACUGGCUGAAUGAAUACUGGGACGCCAUAGCGGUGGAUGAUUACCGCUUUGUCUACAUGGGACCUAAAGGUUCAUGGUAA